AUGGCAGCAGCAAGCGCGCUGCCCCUUGAGGGGAUUUGCGCUGGCUCCCCACAGCCCAACGCCAUUGAAUAUGCUACAAAAACAGCCGAUGGAAUCACAUCACCUCGCCCAUCUACAGCAGGACCCGUCGCCUCACAGGCAGCACGAGCAGCAAGAGACGUCUCUCUAGAAACACAGCCGGUUGUACUGGAGCCCGUAAAGGCACCAGCUGCAGCGGUGCGUUCCUUUCUCUCCACAGAAGCAGCGCUCGCUGCCUCUCGCAAGCCUCUAUUUCUCACCAACACCCUUUUGUGCGCAACCGACGCAGCAGCGCUGCUGCAGCAGGAAAACCCCAUGCACCUGGCUAGGCAGCUGGACAGGCUCUUACAGCUACAGGAAUUCGUUGUACAGCUUCGUGAGUCUACGGCUGCAAUUCCGCCACAUAGCUCGUCAAACGGCGGCAACAGAGACCAAAGCAAUAGCAGUGGGAAUCACAAGUUGGGCGAUCCACCAGAAGAAAGCCGUGCAAGGGAUGCUGCAGCAGUCCGUAACAACGGCAGCAGCAGUAACACGAAAAACAGCAGCAACAGUAAUAGCAACAGCAGAAGGUCCAGUCUGACUGCCCCAGUAAGGGUAUCUAUAGUAGGCGUAGACAGGCACGAGGAUGCAGGAGCUCGCCCGCAGGCUGUUGCUGCCGCUGACAGUUCUCAGUUGGCUGCUGGCUCCCUGACGAAUCAGCAUACGGUGGAGCAGAUAAAGCAGCAGGGUAUAUACCAACAGCGGCGACAGCAGGAGAUGCAGCAGCAACACGAGGAUCAAGAAGCCGCAGCAGCCCACUGCGUGGCGCUGGAGUAUUUCCUGUCUGCCGUCGCUUUCUGCCGGCUGAACAGCUUUUCCCCGCGUGCCGUUUCUACAUUCCUGGCUCUUCUGAUUUCUGUAUACAGACAAUCAGUGCAGCAGCGGCUUUCUCCUUCCGCGUCUUUCGACGUUUUUAAGUCUCAGCUACUACGACACUCCAUACAGAGACCUCCAUGGGCCACAGCUGUCUUUUCCUUCACACAACUACACCCCGCCACUGAAUUUUUCUUAAACCAUUUCCUACGGCUGCUGCCUCAGCUGCAGCAGCUGCAUUCCCGACACAGCCCGCGGAGCAAUCAGCACAGAAGCAGCGGUAGUCAGGGCGCUGGCUGCAGCAGCUUCUUCACCGGCAAUUAG